AUGUAUGGAUAUAAACAAAUUUGGGGUGAUCAUUAUUAUCUUUAUUCUGAAUCGUGCAAAGCUGUUGUUUUUAUGAGAUACGGAUUUUAUUUCUAUUCUUCAUCAGAUAUUAAGGAACAAAAUAUAGAUCUCACUUCUGUAGAUCAAUCUAGAUCUGCUAAUAUAUUGGAAUGCAGCGAAUAUAUUUCUUAUGAAGGUUUUCUUGAUGUUCCAUCUGAAGGCAUAUCAACAAUUACAUUCAAAUAUGGAUAUGUUAUAUUUGCCAAUGAAGAAAACUUUGUUGAUGAAAAUUCAACAGAUAUUAGAACUUGGUACAAAUUAGAAGAAGUGAGGACAUUCAAAAUAAAAAGAAAUCCAAACAGAAAAUAUGAUCAUCAUCAACUUCGCUAUUUCUUUUUGCCAUUCUGGGGAAAAAUGAUGCCAAUGUUUAUUAUCAAUUAUUUCUCAGAAGUUAAAGAUGAUUAUAUUACAGUUAGAUAUCAGGAAUAUUUAUAUUCAACAAAUUUAUUAAUAGUCAUAAAUCCAUUCAACUCCACCAUAAAAAUCAAUGAAAAAAUGAGAAUAUAUGAAAAAGAUCUCAUUCAUUAUCAGGAACUCGAUAAAAUCGAAAAUGUCAGAUGCGUUAUCGCACAACCCAUAAGAUCUUUGUUCUAUGACUUCAAGAUGGUAGUUAAUCAAUAUAUCCAAAAUCCAGCAGUGAAUGAAUAUAACUUUUUCAAAAUUAUGUGGCAAGGUAUACUUCGUACUGAAUCAAUAGACUAUGUGCCAAAACCCAAGUAUCAAGAAUUUAACUAUCCUAAAUAUGGUCAAUUUUUCAUAAGAUUGACAGAAGAAAAAAGAAUCAUUGAUAUUGAAGCAGGUACAUCUGUUUUAAUAAAUUGUGAUGAUUUUAGCGGUAUUGAAGCAGUUUCCCAAUUUGAUAAAUUUGAAGUGAAUUUACUGAAAAGUGGAAUCAUGAAUAUUGAAUAUAAGGAAAAUGGAUUACUAAUUCUAAGUUAUGAAGGCCGUUUUAAAUCAAAGUAUGCAUUUUUGGUUUUUUACCAGAAAGAAGAUAGUGAAUGUGUGAUGGCAAUUGUCUUUGGAACUUUAAAUUUAUCAUUUUUUGCAAAUUCUCGAAAUCCUCGAAAGGAUCAAAUUCAAAUUAAGGAUGGAGAAUGUCAAGAUUUAUAUGUUUUCUUCUCUUAUAAAGAUACCAAAAUUCGUAUUCCAGAAAAUUCAAAUUUCGCAUUGAAAUACAAGAAUAUAUUUGAGCCAAAUGCUACCAGAAUAAUAAAUGAUGUUGGAGAAUAUUUUGAAGAUCCAAUGAUGAUUAAAAUUAAACCAACUGACACAAAGAGUGAAUCAUCUUUCACAAUUAGUAUUGAUAAUCCAUACGCAGUUGAGAAAUCAUAUCUUAUCACCGAAAACAGCGAAUACAAAUCCGUUGUAUCUUCAGACUUCAACAAAAACCCAAACCCUAAUCCAGGAAACAAUAGUGAACAAGAGCCAAAUGAAAAUUCUACGACAACUUCUAUCCCUGACAAUAAUCCAACAUCAGAACAGCCAAAAGACAAUCUACAUGGAGACAAACCAAAUAAAAAGAAUACUGUAGGAAUAAUUGUCGGAGUACUUGUUGCAUUGAUUGCUAUUGCAGCUGCUUCUGUUAUUGGAUUUAUAAUUUAUAAGAGGAAGAAUAAUAGUAAAGAAGAAACAGUAGAAGUCCAAUACAAAUGGGAAAGAUCUGAGGAUGAGAUAGAUAUUUAA